UUUUUCAGGGAAUCUGUGUUUCAGAAAUCUAAACACACCCCUAAUCCGAUUCCGAUGCUGUGCUGCCGCGCCACCGCAUCCCUGCCGUCUCCGCCUCCCCCCUCGCAUGCUGCCGACCCCCACGCGCGCCUCAGGGCGGCGGCGGCCCGCUACGACCUUCCGGGCGCGCUCGCCGCCUUCGUCUCCAUGUCGUCACCCUCCUCCGCCGCCCACGCGGCCGCGGGCCCCGUCCUACGCACCUUCACAGCGCUCCUCAAGCUCUGCGCGGCGCGCGCCGAUCUCGCCACGGGCCGCGCCGUCCACGCGCAGCUCGAGGCGCGGGGGCUCGCCUCCGAGUCCAUCGCUUCCACGGCGCUCGCCAACAUGUACUUCAAGUGCCGCCGCCCCGCCGACGCGCGCAGGGUGUUCGACCGGAUGCCUUCCAGGGACCGCGUCGCCUGGAACGCGGUCGUCGCUGGGUACGCGCGAAACGGGCUUCCAUCGUCCGCGAUGGAGGCGGUCGUGCGGAUGCAGGGGGAGGAGGGCGGGGAGCGGCCCGACUCCGUCACGCUUGUGUCCGUGCUGCCGGCCUGCGCCGACGCCCGGGCGCUCCACGCGUGCAGGGAGGUACACGCCUUCGCGCUCCGCGCCGGGCUCGAUGAGCUCGUCAAUGUCUCCACGGCGGUACUUGACGCCUACUGCAAGUGCGGCGCGGUGGAGGCGGCAAGGGCUGUCUUCGAUUGUAUGCCUGUCAGGAACUCCGUGUCUUGGAACGCCAUGAUUGACGGGUAUGCUGACAAUGGUAACGCCACGGAGGCUAUGGCUUUGUUCUGGAGGAUGGUCCAGGAGGGCGUGGAUGUGACGGAUGCGUCUGUGUUGGCAGCACUACAAGCGUGCGGGGAGCUUGGAUAUCUCGAUGAGGUGAGGCGUGUCCAUGAGCUACUUGUGAGAGUUGGCUUGAGCUCCAAUGUGUCGGUGACGAACGCGCUUAUCACCACAUACGCCAAGUGCAAGAGGGCAGACCUCGCUGCCCAGGUGUUCAACGAGCUGGGCAACAAAAAGACACGGAUCUCAUGGAAUGCCAUGAUCCUCGGCUUCACGCAGAACGAAUGCCCCGAGGAUGCAGAGAGGCUCUUCGCUAGGAUGCAGUUGGAAAAUGUGAGACCAGAUUCGUUCACCCUGGUCAGCGUGAUUCCUGCAGUCGCGGACAUUUCUGAUCCGCUGCAAGCAAGAUGGAUCCAUGGAUAUUCUAUCAGGCACCAACUAGACCAGGAUGUCUAUGUCCUGACAGCCCUUAUUGACAUGUACUCCAAAUGUGGGCGUGUCAGCAUAGCUAGAAGGCUCUUCGAUUCCGCAAGGGACAGACAUGUUAUCACCUGGAAUGCGAUGAUCCAUGGUUAUGGUUCACAUGGUUUUGGCCAGGCUGCAGUUGAGCUAUUUGAAGAGAUGAAGGGCACUGGCAGUUUGCCCAACGAGACAACAUUCCUCUCGGUUCUUGCAGCUUGCAGUCAUGCUGGUUUGGUUGAUGAAGGGCAGAAAUAUUUUGCUAGCAUGAAGAAGGACUAUGGGCUUGAACCUGGAAUGGAGCACUACGGUACCAUGGUGGAUCUACUUGGACGAGCUGGGAAGCUAGACGAAGCUUGGUCUUUCAUCAAAAACAUGCCUAUAGAACCUGGCAUUAGUGUUUAUGGUGCAAUGUUAGGUGCUUGCAAGUUGCACAAGAAUGUUGAAUUGGCUGAAGAAUCAGCACAGAUAAUCUUUGAGCUGGGCCCAGAGGAGGGGGUGUAUCAUGUCCUUUUGGCAAACAUUUAUGCAAACGCUUCAAUGUGGAAAGACGUCGCGAGGGUGAGGACUGCUAUGGAGAAGAAAGGACUCCAGAAGACUCCUGGAUGGAGUAUUAUCCAGCUCAAAAAUGAGGUCCAUACCUUCUACUCUGGAAGCACAAAUCACCAGCACGCGAAGGACAUAUACGCAAGACUGGCUAAGCUCAUCGAAGAGAUCAAAGAUAUGGGCUAUGUGCCAGACACUGAUUCAAUACAUGAUGUGGAGGAUGAUGUCAAGGCACAGCUGCUUAACACCCACAGUGAGAAGCUUGCUAUUGCAUAUGGGCUCAUUCGAACAGCCCCUGGCACGACAAUUCAGAUAAAGAAGAACCUUCGAGUUUGUAACGACUGUCAUAAUGCAACCAAGUUAAUAUCUCUACUGACAGGACGGGAAAUAAUCAUGAGAGACAUUCAACGCUUUCACCAUUUUAAGGAUGGUAAAUGUUCAUGUGGAGACUACUGGUAGUGAAAUGUUGAAGGCAGUCUGAAUAUCCAUUUCCGAGAUGAUAUACAGCUGCUAUACAAGUAUACAAUUAGACUAACAGGUAAAGCUAACUAUUCUAUCUUUUUCACCGACCAUGUUUUGAAUUUGAUCGGGGGCAUUCGAUAUGUUGAUUUAAUGAGGAAUGUAUACCAUGUUCUUUUUUAGUCUGUGUAGCCACCCUUUGCAUUGAUGGCUCUUGGUUUAAGCUAGUGAACCUAUUGUAGAGUUACAGGUUUCAGUCCAUUCGGCUUUGUCAUUGAUACAUUUUUUUAUUAUUAUUUCUAAAUAAAAGUAGUGCACAAGAUAUUUAUGUCUAUUGAGGGCACUGCUUUUCAUCAUCAUGCCUUGUCUGAAGCAGUGAAGCUAAAUGUACACGAUGAGAUGAGCACUGGAAACUGAAGGAAAUAAGCUAAACGCCUUGUCUGAUUCAGCUGACUUGUACUUGCCAAUUGCUGCCAAGGUUCAGCAAGCUUGACGAUGACUGCCUUGGUUCCUCUCCAGCGAAACCAGACACUCCCCGUAAUACAAUCACAGGUACAGGUACGCUAGAAGACGUUGUCUGUUACUUGAAUCAGUAUAAGAGAAUUCGCUUAAUUGUGGCGCAAUCUUAAGUUGCAUGAUUGAGAUAUACUGCAAAUAUUGGGAGGCAUAUAAAAUGAGAAGAGACCUGUGGUCUAUUAGAAAAGGAGCUUUCUGUAUGCUGCGUUGUCAACAAAUAUGUCAGGUGUUGAUCCUUUAAGACCCACAGACAACUUUUGGAUCUGCCAGUAAGCAAAAAAAAAAAAGAUCAGAAAGAGUGUACGGCCGGUGAGCAAGCAUGGGCUGCAUGGCAUC